CACUUCCACUCUCAUCUCUGCCGUCUUCACUCACAAUCUACACUGCUUCAUAUAAAUUCCUCAGUAAAAAAAAACCAAUAAUUAUAAACUCUCUCUCUCUCUUCACAAACCAACAUUACACUUUCUUUCUCUCUCUUCUCAAUUCCCAAUUACCAAUUAAUGCCUCAGAUCCAUCUCUUAUGUUUUCUCUCCUAGGGUUUCAUGAUAUUCAAUUCAUUCUACUCACAUUUUAUUCAAACAUUCAAUUUUAGGGUUUCGAGGGUAACGUCAAUGGCGGAAUUGAGUCAGAUCUUGUGAAAUUGAGAUGCGUUUUUUAUGUGGAAUAUUGGAUUUACUGUGAAACUUCAAAUUAGGGUCAAUUAUGGGUUGUAUAUGCUGUAAACCUUCUGCAAUUGAAGAUGAUAGUAAGGAUUCUUCGAGAGAGAGACUUGCAAUUAGUAAACCGGUUUCUUCGCUUAGGAGUGAAGAUCAGAGUAGAAUUGAGAGUAAUGAAGGUUGUUGUAAUAAUGACGAUAAGGUUUUGUUGAUUGAUAAGCAGGUAAACAAUGGUAGUCGUGUUCGUUUACAUGGUGAGAGUUUUGAUCGGAAGAGGGAUAAAGCCGAGUUUAUUGUUGGUAAUCAAUUUCAGUAUCAUCCAGCUAGUGGGACGGUUCCGAAAUCACUUGAAGGAGAGCAGGUUUCGGCUGGUUGGCCUACUUGGCUUGCUGCAGUUGCUGGGGAAGCUAUUAAAGGAUGGGUUCCUAGAAAGGCUGAUUCCUUUGAGAAGCUUGAUAAAAUUGGCCAAGGAACUUACAGUAAUGUUUAUAGAGCUCGGGAUCUUGAACAAAGAAAAAUUGUUGCUUUGAAGAAAGUUAGAUUUGACAACUUGGAGCCUGAAAGUGUGCGCUUCAUGGCUCGAGAGAUUCAUAUUCUUCGUAGAUUAGAACAUCCUAAUAUAAUAAAACUUGAGGGUCUUGUUACAUCAAGGAUGUCUUGCAGCUUAUAUCUUGUUUUUGAAUAUAUGGAGCAUGACCUUGCAGGGCUUGCAUCACAUCCAGCUGUAAAAUUUACUGAACCACAGGUUAAAUGCUAUAUGCAGCAGCUGUUAUGUGGACUUGAUCACUGUCAUAGCAGGGGUGUUUUACACCGAGAUAUUAAGGGGUCUAAUCUUUUAAUUGAUAACAAUGGGAUACUGAAGAUUGCAGACUUUGGUUUGGCAAGCUUUUAUGAUUCUCAUCGAAGCCAGCCUCUGACAAGCAGAGUUGUGACUCUUUGGUAUCGGCCUCCCGAACUUCUACUUGGUGCAACUUAUUAUGGUACAGCAGUGGACUUGUGGAGUACAGGUUGCAUACUUGCUGAACUCUAUGCUGGGAAGCCAAUAAUGCCUGGACGAACUGAGGUGGAACAGUUGCACAAGAUUUUCAAGCUUUGUGGCUCACCUUCUGAAGAAUAUUGGAGAAAAUCAAAGUUACCUCAUGCUACUAUCUUUAAGCCCCAACAACCAUAUUUACGUCGUGUUGGAGAAACAUUUAAAGACUUUCCUGCUCCAGCUCUUGGUCUUUUGGAGAUUUUGCUUUCAAUUGAUCCUUCUGACCGUGGUUCUGCUUCUUCUGCCCUUAAGAAUGAGUUCUUUACCUCAAAACCACUUCCAUGUGAUCCAUCAUGCUUGCCAAAGUAUCCUCCGAGCAAAGAGUUUGAUGCAAAACUGAGAGAUGAAGAAGCUAGAAGGCAAGGAGCUGCAAGUAGGGCUCAUAGAGGUGACCCCAAUAAGAGGGGAACAAGAGAGUCACGUGCCAUUCCUGCACCAGAUGCAAAUGCAGAAUUAGCUGUGUCUAUGCAGAAGAGGCAAGCUCAAUCUAAUUCAAAGAGUCGAAGUGAGAAGUUUAACUCUCACCAGGAAGAGGUUGCUUCUGGCUUUCCAAUGGAGCCUCCGAGAGCUUCUCAAGCAGUAGAAGAAUCUAGCAUAAGCUGGCAAGGGAAUCAUUUUAAGAGAGCAUCACAUUCAGGACCACUUGUUAACCCAGCUGCAUGGGUGAAGGCUGGAAAAAACUUGGAUGAGGCCCCCAAAAUUUCCAAUGGGGCUGAUUUAUCGGCAGUAUCGGGUCCAAUGGCAGCAAGGAGGAGCUUCUUAUCUGAGGAGAAGAGAGAAAAGUCUAGCUCUGUGCAAAAUGGUGUGCCAAAAGUUGCUAGGUUCCCUGGAUCAUUCAAAGAAGCAUCGGAAUCCAUGAAUAGGCGAGAUCGAGCAGAUUGCAUGCAGGGUCCUACAAGCUCUCACCGAAAUGAAGAUGGAAGAUGCAGUGAAAAAGAUCCUGUGCUUCUUGGUUAUGGGUCCAAGGGCAACAAAAUUCACUACUCAGGCCCUUUAAUAGUCCCAUCUGGCAAUAUGGAUCAGAUGUUGAAAGACCAUGAUCGGCAGAUCCAAGAAGCUGUAAGACGAGCACGUAUAGACAAGGCAAGAAUGAGAAAAAUGCAGGCUGAAGGAAAUAAGGUAUCAACCAAUUCGUUGUUUGUCGCGGGUCGUUAAAGCUGAAUAGUAGAUAAUAUCAUUGUAAAGAUUAAGGCGCAAAUUUGGCUAGAAAGAGAUUCACCACAGACAGAUAGCUGAAAUCAGUGAUUUUUUGCUUCUGGAGAAGGAGUCACAUUCCGUUUGGGCGAAACCUUUCUUUUUCCUCCUUUUUUUUUUACCCUUUCCCCACUAUGUACAGGUUGGUCUCGUCAAGUAAACAUGGCUAUUGGCCGUUCUGCUGCCAAGCUUGUGGCUCAUCCGAUUAAUUUCAAUUCACUUGUAAUCAGCUA